CGACGGGGAAUCCGUCCCACAGUGAGCUGUUCUUCUCUCUUUCUCCCCUCCACUCCCGACUUUCUUCCCUUCCCUUCCGAGUCGUCGCCUCGCAGGCAGGCACAGCACGCCAAUCCGCCCCCGGAUUCCCCCCGCCGUCCGGCCGCCGCCGCCGCCGCCCCCCUCCUCCGGCCUCCGCCCCGCUCCCGGCCCAGGGACCAUUUCAUUGCUGGAGAACAGAUCAUUUCCAGAAACCUUGCCAUCAGUGUGUGUUGCAUCUUUGAAAGAUGAUUGAGGGGGCAAGGUUCCACAAUAUGUUAGGUGGUGGUGGUGCUGGCAUUGGCGGCGGCAGAGGGAAGCUGGAGAACGAGGGCAACGGCUUCUACGACAUGCCGUAUUACCACAAGGUCGGGGAGAGCUCCCACAUGUCGGUGGACAGCGCGGACAACAUGAACUCGAUGAACUACGUCGGCGGCUCGGUCGCCAUGUCGGUGGACAACAGCAGCGUGGCCUCCAACGAGUCCCGCACCGUCAUGCUCAACCACCCGGGCCUCCGUGAUGUUCCCACACCAAACUAUUCGGUUUGCAACAGCGUCAUCUAUCCCAACAAGGCUGCCGCGUCUGUCCUCAAGGAGGAUGCGUUGGCUCGGGUUUUGAUGGACCCAACUCAUCCAACGGAGAUACUCACUAACUACGAGGCGUGGACCAUUGAUCUGGGGAAGCUGGACAUGGGGGCUCCUUUUGCUCAGGGGGCCUUUGGGAAGCUGUAUCGGGGAACGUAUAAUGGGGAAGAUGUUGCCAUUAAGCUGCUGGAGAAGCCUGAGAAUGAUCUAGAGAGAGCACAGUUGAUGGAACAGCAGUUUGUGCAAGAAGUUAUGAUGCUUUCCACGUUGAGGCACCCAAAUAUAGUAAGGUUCGUCGGGGCAUGCAGGAAGUCGAUUGUUUGGUGUAUCAUUACUGAAUAUGCAAAAGGUGGCUCUGUCAGGCAGUUCCUUGCCCGAAGGCAGACCAAGUCUGUGCCCCUGAGAUUGGCAGUGAAACAGGCACUUGAUGUUGCCAGAGGAAUGGCAUAUGUGCAUGCCCUGGGAUUUAUUCACAGGGAUCUGAAGUCAGAUAACCUUCUAAUUUCAGCAGACAAAUCCAUCAAGAUUGCAGACUUUGGAGUUGCUCGAAUCGAGGUAAAAACCGAGGGAAUGACUCCAGAGACAGGAACCUACCGCUGGAUGGCACCGGAGAUGAUCCAGCACAGGCCUUAUGAUCAUAAGGUCGACGUGUAUAGCUUUGGGAUUGUGCUGUGGGAGCUCAUGACCGGCAUGCUCCCCUUCACAAACAUGACAGCAGUUCAGGCCGCUUUUGCCGUGGUAAACAAGAACGCCCGCCCUGCAAUCCCGCAAGAUUGCCUGCCUGCUCUGAGCCACAUCAUGACGCGCUGCUGGGAUGCAAACCCUGAAGUCCGCCCGUCAUUCAACGAGGUCGUCACCAUGCUCGAGGCUGCCGAGACGGACGUCGUUAGCAACGUCCGUAAGGCACGGUUCCGCUGCUGCAUCUCCGAGCCCAUGACCACCGACUGAGACUAGUGCCAGGAUACAGAGUACCAGAAAAUGAAAAAAUGGGAAGAAGAACGAGGAUGGGAAAGGAGGCGACGCAAUCUCGAUGUACAGACCACACUGAUACACCUGGGCGUUGCGUGUGCCUGCCUAUCCGAAGGUCUGAUGGCUGCCCUGGGCUAAGCUAGGUUCUUCAUUGCUGCUUUCUACUAUCUUGUCUUAGUUGCAUGGGUUGGAGUGAUUGUUUGCCAAGUAUGGAUGAUGGUACCUUGUAUGUUUUCUGUUUUCUUGGAAGGAUGCUAUCUGGUAUGUUAACAAGGAGCUAUGGUAUGUAUUCUCCGCAAGCAAAGAGCUAUCUUGUCUUGUGUUGAUAGCAGCUGCAUAUUCUGAGUUGCCUUCUAGCUUUUGUGUAAA